GAAUCCCGAAGACAGUGUCGCUCGACGUCUACAUCGAUGAUUACGGAGUGUCGAUGGUCGGUACUUUUUUAGAAGUAAUAUACGACCUGUCCGAGGCGGCCACCUCCCUGCACGAUGCCAUCGUGAAUGACAUCGGGGGCAGCAUUUCACAUGAGAAGGUUUUCAAGCUUCGCAUGCUCACGUUGAAGCACAAGACUAAACGACUGCAGAAGAUACGACAG